AAAACCAAAACAAACGCGAAUAACUGAAACAAAAGGAAAUUAUGAAAAUUCAAUUAAUUGAAAAGAUAUCAAUCCUACAACUUGAGUUACUAUUAUUAAAUCAAGUGUGUAUUGAUCAAAUUAAAAUAAAGUGAAAACGUGAACUAAUUUUUAAUUACAGCCUGAACAAAAUUAUGGAACCUGGAAUCAAGUCGGAACCUUGUGAGACUUUAUAUAGUGGGCAGGAAAGCGAUAAUGGUGCAAGAUUACAAUAUUCCCAACAUUUGACUUCGCAAAUCAGUUUAAAGAGGCCCAACGAAGGAAUUGCUGAUAGCGCUGAUCAGAGAAGAACUAGAAACCAAACAAAUACCACUUAUUAUCCAGCAGUGGAUUUUCCUAAUGUGCCGCACCAAUUUUAUAAUCAAGAUAACACAAUGCUCGAGCCAAACCAAUCAACAAUGGCAGCGGAUGGAAGACCGUUAAAGAAAUACAAGAGAAUAGAAGAAAAUGUGUUGUUUAAUCCACCGUUUUUUAAAUUGGUCGAAAAAUUCUUAUCGCCCUCUCAAAAAGAGGCCAUUGGAGCACGCUGUUAUUCUUGUGGCAAAAUAGUCAAAGGCAAUCGGGGCAUUUCAUCAAAUUUUAUAAAACAUAUGAAACGUGCCCAUCCGGAAAUUAAUAAAAUAUAUGAAGACUUUAAGGCCCACAAAAUAAAACCCGGACACUUGCCAAAUCUAGUACAUGCUCUUGAAGCACAAAUGCUGAGUAGAAAUUUUGCUACGGCUGCCGAAAAUGGGGCAUCAGGUUCUGACAGCAAUGCUGCUUAUUCAAAUGAUGAUACAAAUCAAUUUUCUGAAGUUAAUAACACUUUAGAAAACAACACCAUGUGCUAUUCUUCAGAUGAAAAUGAGGAAUCUUUAAAUACAGCAAACGAAAAAAGCUAUAAAGAAUCACAGCAGCAAGAAGUAAAUAAUUUCGAAAAUCGACCGCUUGAAUUGUCCUCAAAUACUUUAGAAAUUUUUGGAAAGUUAAUUGAUGAAAAACUGCAACAUUUUGUUAAGCAAAAGGAAUAUAACCAGCUAAAUGAUAAAGUAGAUGAAUUAAUAAAACGCAAUCCAACAAAUAAUGCCAGUUCGGAGACAGCUCUAACGGAAUUGAAAACUGAAAUGGAUAAUUUAAAAAAAGAAUGCGCGGUAUUACGUUUAGCUGUACAACAGUCUCAGGCCAGUAAACGGCAGCUGCAGAAUGAACUACAGACGGUAGACAAACUAUUACACCAACGAAAGCUUAUUAUACGCAACAUACAAGUUUUUGAUUCAGAGCAACCCUUAAAAUCUGUCAAAAAACUAUUCACCGAAAAGUUAGAUUUACCCGAUAUAAAAAUUAUUAAUUGCAGUAUUAUACCGUCGCUAAAAACAUCCAAUGAUUCUAACAAAGAAUGCCUUUCGCUAGAAUUAGAUAGUCCGCAGGCUUGUAAAGCCAUAUUUCGUCAAGCGCAUAAAUUGAAAAAUACUGGUAUUUAUAUAGAGUCGGAAAUAUCACCGUUUCAGCGUAAACGUAAAAAUAAAUUAAUGGUUUUGCGUAAAGAGUUACUGAGGCGUAAACCAGAUCUCAAAGUUUUAGUACGCGAUAUAACGUUGGUGGUAAAUGGAAAAAAUUUCUAUUGGGAUGAUGUGGAAGGUUUAUGUCAUGAUGGUAAGCAUGAAGCCAUUGAAUUGAAUGGUGUUGAAUAUUUGAAUAUGCUCAGUGGAUUAGAUAUAAGUGAAUUUAUAAGUAUUUUACAGAAUUAUAAUAUACAAAUAAAUUAAAAUUUGAAAUUUAUUAAA